GGGGCGGGUUCCCUAUUUUUUUUAUGACACUACAUAAGCAGGUAGAAUGAACAUUUUUAGGUCAAUGUUUCGGUGGGUUCAUUGAGAAAUAAUAAGAACGGGUAGGUUACCGGGAGUUUAGUGCAUAUUAUCCUGCAUGUGAAUUGAUGGUAAAUCGGGGCAUUAGUUGUGAUAUGUCAGGCAGUCGUCGAAUGAGGUAUCAUCUGAUGCCUACAGUAAAAUAGCGCACGUUGUAGGCUAAAGCUAGUAUACCAAUAUAAUUGUGUUUCAUAAGGGAAUUGAGUUGUCCAGAUUGUCUGUAGCCUAUUUGGUUUAGACAUUUUACUCGUGCGCCUAUUAUAUAUUUCCUGCUAUAGGCUUUGUUCAUAAUAUUCAGUAUUAUCCUACUGAUUUAUUAUAUUAUAAAGGUUCUCGUCACAUUUAGCCUAUUGAUUAAGCUGAAACUUCGACUGUUAUCUGUUAGUAAGUGGCAUAGUAGCCCAUGACUUAAUUGAAAUUGUUGGUGAGAGUCAAGACUAUUACACUUUUACAAUGGGAGUGGGGUCCGAAAAGACAUCAUCCACCACCAAGGGAGUCUACAAAGAGGAGACUGAUAUUGCUUUGAAAGCACCUUUAAACGUGAAUGCUAUGUUAUCAAAGAAAGUGGGGCACGCGACAGCAGAAAGAGCCACCUGGGGUCGCCGCCUUGAGUUCGUCCUCGCGUCAGUGGGGUACGCGGUGGGACUUGGGAACGUGUGGCGCUUUCCAUACCUCUGCUACAGGAGCGGUGGAGGUGCCUUUCUCAUUCCUUACUUUCUCAUGCUGUUUCUGUGUGGCAUCCCCCUUCUCUUCAUGGAGUUUGCUAUUGGGCAGUACACCCGCCUGGGACCGGUGCAUGCUCUAGCCACAAUCUGCCCCUUGUUCAAAGGUGUGGGCAUUGCCACAGUCGUGAUCUCCUUUGUGCUCUGCACCUACUACAACGUUCUUAUGAGCUGGGCACUCUACUACUUCUUCAACUCAUUCCGAGCCAUCUUCCCCUGGCAGUCCUGCAACAACACCUGGAAUGCCGUGGGUAACUGCUCCAGCGGUUUCCCUGGAAACGCCACACACCUGCAAUCAGCUAGUCAGCAGUACUUUGAUCACAGGGUUCUGGAGAUAACCAAUGGUAUUGAGGAUGCAGGAGGACUACGCUGGGAGCUGUUUGGCAUCCUCAUCCUGGCCUGGGUCAUAGUCUACUUGUGCAUCUUCAAAGGCGUCAAAUCAACUGGCAAGGUUGUUUAUUUCACAGCCACGUUCCCAUACUUUAUUCUGUUCGCCUUGCUCAUCAACAAUGUCCAGCUUCCCGGGGCCAAGGAUGGGAUGCUCUACUUCCUGAAGCCUAAGUGGAGCAAGCUGCUUGAAGUUCAGGUGUGGGUUAACGCUGCAGCCCAGGUAUUCAACUCCAUUGGAAUUGGAUUUGGCUCCAUGAUCUCCAUGGCCAGUUACAACAAGUUCAACAAUAACAUCCUUAGGGACACAUUGAUUGUCUCUUUAGCUAACUCGGCCACCAGUAUCCUGGCUGGCUUUGUGAUAUUCUCAGCAAUCGGCUACAUGGCUCAUGUCCACAACCUCCCAGUGGACAACAUCGCCACAGAUGGUCCUGGCUUGGUGUUUGUGGUGUAUCCAGAGGUCUUCUCUACUAUGCCUCUGCCACAGUUGUGGGCUCCUCUGUUCUUCUUCAUGCUUCUCUGCCUGGGACUGGACAGCCAGUUUGCCAUGGUGGAGGUGGCGGUGACGUCCAUAAUAGAUGGCUUCGGCCCUAAGGUGCUGCGAGUCCUGAAGAGACAGGAGGUCAUCGUUCUGGCCGUCUGUGUUAUGGGCUUCCUUCUAGGCAUUCCUCACAUCACUAAGGGGGGCAUGUAUGUGUUCCAGCUGAUGGACCACUACACUGCUGUGGUGUCGCUCAUGUUCCUGUCCUUCUUUGAAGUCAUCGCUGUCUGCUGGGUUUUCGGAAUGCGUCGGAUGACCAUCAUGAUCAAGAGAAUGUUGGGAAAGGCUCCCAACAUCUAUUUCCGCUCCUGCUGGAUGGUCUUCUCCCCUGUGCUGGUCCUGUGCAUUCUGAUCUCCAGCAUCAUCCAGUACACGCCAGCUCGCUAUGGGAAGUCAUACACAUACCCUGUCUGGGCAGAGGUGGUGGGCUGGGGAAUCUCCCUGGUCUCCAUCGUGUGGAUCCCACUGGGAGCCCUGCAAGAGAUCUGCAGAAAUAAGGGCUCACUGCUGCAGAGAAUAAAAACAGCUGUGACUCCUACAAUAGAGUUGGAUCCUGUCAACCAUCUGCCAGAGGAGCAGAGCGAAGACACACCGGAGUCUGUUUUCUUGUCUAUCAUCACUCCUCUGUAACCACAGCCAGUAUGUCUAAGUGCUUGCGUGCGUGAGUCAGUGUGACUGUGAGUGCUCUAUUGGUGUGGGGAGGUGUGGGUUGUUAGGUAGUUUACAGUUCAUGUAAAUAGCAUAUUUACGUGUUUUACCCUUGUCCCUCUGGUAAUCUCUUCAACCAACAUCUCUCCCCCUGGACAUAACAUAUUUUGUCUCCCAAUUUGAUUGUGAAUUCCAUGACCUCAAUGGUCCAGAUAGAUCUUUGGCUGAGUAACUCUUUGAACCAACAUUGCUAUCUUGUGGCUGUUUCAAAGUUUUUAUUCACACCUUGAGGUUCAUUUGAGGCUCAUGUGAAUAGUGAACUCAGCAAUUGACUGAACAAACACUAGGCUGGUCUAAUAUAGGAACAUGCAUAUGAUAUUUAUUCCUCUCCUAGAAAGCUAAUAUGCAAUUAGAUGUAUGGCAGUUAUAUGGUGUGCCUUUUACUGAUAACUGUAAGGAGGGGAACCACUGCAGUGUUGCCAUGACCAGUAGUGUAAAGUACUUAAGUAAAAAUACUUAUGGUGUUUUUUGGGUAUCUGUGCUUUGCGUUACUUUGACAACUUUUACUUUUACUUCACUACAUUCCUAAAGAAAAUUAUGUACUUUUUACUCCAUACAUUUUCCCUGACACCCAAAAGUUCUCGUUACAUUUUGAAUACAGUACAUAGCAGGACAGGGAAAUGGUCUAGUUCCCACACUUAUCAAGAGAACAUCCCUGGUAAUCCUUACUGCCUCUGAUCUGGCGGACUCACUAAACACAUGCUUCAUUUGCAAAUGAUGUGUUGAUGCGUGCCCCUGGCUAUCCAUACAUUUAAAAAAAUAUAUUAUUAUUAUUAAUUAUUUAUACUUUUAGUUUAAAUGUUGAUACUUAAGCAUAUUUUAACAAUUACAUUUACUUUUGAUACUUAAGUAUAUUUAAAACAAAACACUUUUAGAUGUUUACUCAAGUAGGAUUUCACUAGGCGACUUUUCCUUGAGUCAUUUUCUAUUAAGGUAUCUUUACUUUUACUCAAGUAUGACAAUUGUGUGCCUUUUCCAACAGUGGCCAUGACAUCUGUUAGUGGGGAAAGUCCAGGGUUCUGUCAUUAUUCCUCUGCUUUAUUACACUUUAUUACACAUGGUAUCAUUGAAGUCUUAAGGGUUCUGGUUGAAGUUUUCUGUCGUAUGUCAUGUUUGUUUGCAACAAUGACAAUUGGAGCUCAGCAUUGCCAGGAGUGCCUUUUGUCAUUAAAAGAUCCAUAUACGACUGCAUUUACAAUGGGGUGUCUUUUGAGGGGUCACAGAAAUAUAUAGACGGGUGGGUUGUUUAGCAACAAAACCAAUGCAUGCGCAACUGUGGAGCAAAACAGUCAGGUUGACUUAGUUACAUGACAACAUGUAACUAUAUUUCCUCUCCAAAUCUUUAUUGAAAACAGAAAUACAUUUGCACAAUGAGCACUUGUUGUCUCUCAAAUACAUUGUUACAUUUGUAAUUUUAGCCAUAUUAGCAUAGACGUGACAAGAGUAAAACACCUCAAAACAAGACAUGGUAUCAAUACACAAUGAUCUAAAACUAGCUUCUUGUCAUUGUUGCUAGCUAUCUGAAUCAUAACAACACACAGACUUCACAGGCUCAUCCGGGAUCUUGUUUCCUAUGAGUAUGGUAGUCGCUUUAGUCACCGACUCUGAAGCUCUGCUGUGCCCAGACAUAUGAGUGUUCAAAAUACACUUUUGUGGUAGAGUUGUCUGUCACUGACAUCCACCUGACGAUAAAGUUGCAUGAACACACAGGCUUAUAAAAGUUGGAAGCAUUUUUGGAAAACCCUACAUGGGUGAUGCUAAAUAAAUGUAUGAAGGCGAAUCUGCUCAUCAUUGUAACUGUUUUCUUCUGUUGAAGGAGAGGACCAAAGCGCAGCGUGGUUAGUGUUCAUCUUAUUUAAUAAUAAUAAUCCAAACUGAACACUUCAAAUUACAAAACAACAAAUGUGAAAACAGUCCUAUCUGGUGCAUAGAGACAGAAGACAACCACCCACAAAACCCAACACAAAACAGGCUACCUAAAUAUGGUUCCCAAUCAGAGACAAUGACUAACACCUGCCUCUGAUUGAGAACCAUAUCAGGCCAAACAUAGAAAUAGACAAACUAGACAUACAACAUAGAAUGCCCACUCAGCUCACGUCCUGCCAACACUAAAACAAAGAAAACACAAAAGAACUAUGGUCAGAACAUGACAGAACCCCCCCCCCCCCUCCCAAGGUGCGGACUCCGGCCGCAAAAUCUGAAUCUAUAGGGGAGAGUCUGGGUGGGCAUCUGUCCGUGGUGGCGGCUCUGGCGCAGGACGUGGACCCCACUCCACCAUAGUCUUUGUCCGCUUUAGUGUCCUCCUAGGAACGGCGACCCUCGCCGCCAACCUAGGACUGGCAACCCUACUAAAGGGCCCCACUCCACUAAACAAACUCCUCCGGACUGAGGGGUAGCUCAGGACUGAGGGGCAGCUCAGGACCAAAAGUAUGUGGAUACCUUCUCAUUGAACAUCUCAUUACAAAUUGUUGAGCAAAUGCUCCACGUUUUUGGUUUGCGUCCUGUCUUUAAGUUUGAUGUGGGUUUUUCUUUUAGUUUUCCUCUUCUUGGGCAAAUUUAGUGGGCACUGAUGGUGGGUGUCUUUUAGGUUCCAGUUGUUGCUAGUCAACUCUCAGUGGACACCCCCAUGAGUGUCUUUCAGAAACGACUCCUGAAAUCCCACCUGUUUCGUUUUGAUUGUUGUCAGUGACUCUUUGUAAGUCCCCCCUUCUGUUUGAGCGACUUUAUUUGGUUUUCUUUCUGGGGAAUGUAAAAGUAUACUUUCUCUCUGGUGGUUUUCUUUUAUAGAUAAGGAUUUCACCUGGAUUCUAUGUUCCUUAUACUCUAGCAAUGGUGUCGCAUCAGAGAUUAGUAGACAUAAUAUUGAAAAACUGUUGAAUCUUUGUUAUUUUGGCAUCUCAAAAUAUUUUAGUUGUAGGUUACUGCUGCUUAUUCUUUUUAAUUGUUCUCAUGUACCUUACAUUUAGACCAAAUAUUUACAUUUAUUUUACAAUUUAGUUGUUUUUGUAUCAAGCUAAAUGGUUUAUUGAAUAACAAACACUAUUUCUGCAUUAACUCUGGGUGAUGCCUUUUAAUCUAAUGGUAUAAAUGUUUAUGCUCAUUAUGCUUUUGAGACAGUUGCUGUCUCUCCUUUUGAAAUUUUACAGAAGUUUGAUUUGUUUCUUUCUUACUGUCUUAAAAAAAUCUGAAAAGUGUUUAUUGCACAGUGUCAAUAAAGAACAUUAUUGCCAAAUAGGCUUGGU